CUGCGAGCCACUCGGAGAGAGGGGGAGAGGCCCGGGCAGCGCGGCGGGGGGUGCAGGAAGAGGGCCGGCUAGGCGGGAAGGUGGGCUCCGGGCGCCGGGAACCAGGCGCCACCGCCGCUGCUAGCGGGGAGCAGCCGGGAGGAGGGGGCCGCGGUCAGAGAGGGGACCCCACCAUGCCCAAAGUCUUCCUGGUGAAGAGGAGGAGCCCGGGAGUCUCGGUCCGCAGCUGGGAUGAGCUCCCGGAUGACAAAAGGGCAGACACUUACAUCCCAGUGAGCCUGGGCUGCCUGCUCCGCGACCCCCCCGAAGACUGCCGCAGCGACGGCGGCAGCAGCAGCGGCGGCAGCAGCAGCGCCGGGGAGCCCGGAGGGGCCGAGAGCAGCUCGUCCCCGCGCGCGCCGGAACCCGAAACUCCAGAGCUUGCCGACGCCGAGGGCCCCGGUGGACACCUGGCAGCGGCGCAGCGCCCGGUUGCCAGGUCAAAAAUCAAGUUUACCACCGGCACGUGCAGCGACUCCGUGAUUCACAACUGUGACCUGUGCGGCAAGAGCUUCCGCCUGCAGCGCAUGCUCAACCGCCACCUCAAGUGCCACAACCAGGUGAAGAGGCACCUGUGCACCUUCUGCGGCAAGGGCUUCAAUGACACCUUCGACCUGAAGAGGCACGUGCGUACACACACAGGCAUUCGCCCCUACAAAUGUGAGGUGUGCUACAAAGCCUUCACGCAGCGGUGCUCGCUGGAGUCGCACCUGAAGAAGAUCCACGGCGUCCAGCAGCAGUACGCCUACAAGCAGCGGCGGGACAAGCUGUACGUGUGCGAGGAUUGCGGCUACACGGGCCCCACCCAGGAGGACCUGUACCUGCACGUGAGCAGUGCGCACCCGGGGAGCGCGCUUCUCAAAAAGACUUCCAAAAAGCUGGCCGCCCUCCUGCAGAACAAGCUGGCGUCCCCGCCGCAGGAGAAUCCCACCCUGAGUGAAGAGGAGGAAAAGAAGUGAACCGCGAGGGAAAGCGGGGGACAGGCGCCCCGAGCUGCUUUCUCGGACUUUUGGUCUGAGGCGUGUGCUCCUCCUCUGCUCCACCGGGUUUUUGUUUUUGUUUUUGUUUUUUUAGUGACAAGUAUUCAGUACAUCUCCCUUUUCUUUUGGGACAUCAACAGUGAGAAGCACCCCAAAGCUGUCAAUCAUUCUGCUACAACAAGCCCUGUUUUCUUGGUGGCUGAGAUCAUGAACGGGUUCUUGUGUGUGUCUGUGUUAUGUGUAUCUUUUUUUUUUCUUUCCUAACACAAUUUUCACACAUGAAUAGACAGGUGUUCUUAAAGAGACCAUCAUCUUAUGGUGCCUUGACACGUUACCCAAGCAAGAAAAAUGUAUAUUCUUCUGAAAGAGUUUACAGAAACUAUUUUAAUAAAUGAAAUGUUCAUGUGAAA